AUGGAAAUUUCCCGUUAUACCCUUACCUUUCUCCUCCUCGCCUUCUCUUUCCUCCUCUCUCUCUCCGCUCUAAUGACCGGAGACUUCAUAUGCAGCGGCUCAGAGUCCACGUGUCGCUCUCUCGUCGGUUUCUCAAGCAAGAACGCCACGACGUUAGGAAACAUCCAAACCCUUUUCGCCGUCAAGAAACUCCGUUCGAUCCUCGAAGCCAACAACCUCCCUCUCUCCACCCCACGUGACCGGCGCGUGAACCCGAACGAGGUCGUGCGCGUCCCAAUCCCUUGCUCUUGCUCCAACGGAACCGGCGUCUCGAACCGGGUUCCGAAUUACACGGUAAAGGCAGGAGACACGCUCUUCGUCAUCGCAUCUGAGAUUUACGGAGCUCUGCUUCGGUACGAGAAGAUCAGUGAGCUGAAUAACAUCUCUGACCCGAGCCUUAUCAAGGUCGGUCAAAGGUUUUGGAUCCCUUUGCCUUGUAGCUGCGACAAACUGGACGGUCAAGAUGUCGCUCAUUACGCACACGUGGUCAAACAGGGUAGCUCACUCGGUGAGAUCGCUGCUCAGUUUGGAACUGACAACACGACCUUGGCUCGGGUCAAUAAUAUCACCGGCGAUCCUGAGCUCCUCGCCGAUUAUCCUCUCAACGUCCCUCUAAGAGCUUGUAGCUCUUCUGUGAGGAACGACUCGUUGGAUGCUCCUCUGCUUUUACCUAACAGCUCAUACUUUUACACUGCAAACAAUUGCAUCAAGUGCUCUUGUGACGCCUCAAGCAACUGGACUUUAAGCUGUGAACCUUCUCAGCUUAAGCCUUCGAAAUGGCAAACUUGUCCGUCUUCACGAUGCGAAGGAGCAGAGAGUUUGUUUCUAAGUAACACGACUAGUACCUCUUGUGGACCUCGUUCUUGCGCCUACGCUGGCUACUCCAACCAGACCAUCUUCACAACCCUUUCUCCAGAUGCCUGUCCAGAUUCUGGUGGUCCUGGUAACUAUGCUUCAACGUUGAGAUCAAGCUUCAGUUUCGUGAUGGUGUUGAUUCAGUGUGCUCUGUUUUGUCUCUGUCUUCUCUGA